AUGAAAUACACGGAUCCAAGCUGGUAUUUACCACGUGGUGUUGUGCAGCGAAACGCUGCUUUAGCAUGGAUCAGAACACAGCUGUCCUAUGCUAAGAAUGGAGCUGUUUAUUUCGGCGACGACGACAACACGUACGACUUGCGAUUGUUUGAUGAGAUCAGAUCGAUAGAUGUGGCUGGAAUUUGGCCUGUAGGCAUAGUGGGUGGUCUCGUGGUAGAAAGACCACUGCUGGCCGAUAAUGGAACUGUCGUUGGUUUCAACGCCGUUUGGAAGCCUGAUCGGCAGUUCCCUAUUGAUAUGGCAGCGUUUGCUGUGAACAUUACUUUGGUCACUUCUCAUCCUAACGCUGGGUUCUCUUAUGACGUGCCCAGAGGAUAUCAAGAAUCGCAUUUUCUCACUGGGCUAGGAUUGUCACGAAGUGAUCUCGAGCCUAAGGCGGCGCUAUGCUCCAAAGUCUAUGUGUGGCACACAAGAACCGAGAAAGGGAAAUUCUCGAAAGAAGAUUGGAAACGGAUAGCGACGAAGGAUAGAGGAUUAUUUGAUGACAUCGAAGCCCACGCUCUUGGGCUCUGA